AUGACGGCUGAUUUCCACGGUGCCUUCGAUCCCAUGGGCGAGAUGUCCAUGGCGAAUGACUGGAAUCACGUCGGCUACCUCAACGCCAACAAUACCAGUUUUGUCGAACAACAAGCCAAACACGAGGAGGCCGAGCUGCUCGCCGCCAAGAAGACGGAGAACUCGUCGUUCUUGCCCGAGGCUGACAACCGCUCCACCCCCAACCUGCCUCAGGUCUCCGAUGAUGUCCGAGCCGCCUCUGCCUCCAUCCUCGAGAACGUCCUCAAGGAUGCGGGGGUGUCCACUGCUCACAUGGGCAUGGAUGCUGCCAUGGCACCGCAACCCUCGGGAACCGUGAACUGGGAGGGCAUGACUGGAGUCACUUUUGGUAACGCCAAUGUCGGUUCCUCGAUGCUCGGUGAACUCGCAGACUCCUUGACGCAGCCCAGCCAAGAGCAAACGAAUGAGCAACUAUUCUCCCUCACGGCUGCCCAAUACAAUGGGGUGAACUCGCAGGACUUUAUGUCGCACCAUGCUACUGAGCGGACAACCAGCCAAGGACGACGAAACCUCGCCGAUGCACUCACCACUAUGCGAGGUAGUGGCAGGCAAUCUGCGGCGGAUGUCUACACUCGGUCGCUUCUCUGGGAUCAAAUUCCUAGCGACGUGGUUCGAAAUUUUGCCAAGAUGUUUUCGGAUUGCAAUAAUGCCCAAGCCGAAUGUGGCCCUAUCGGCUCAUGA